AUGCCUCUCCAGCCCAGCUCUGCCGGGACGUGGCUGCGCGCCGUCCUUCUAGCAGGCGUCGUGGUCCUGCUCGUGUCCCUCAUCGUUGCUAUCAUCUUGGGUGCUUCUGCUCUGACUGGGGGAAAGCAGGAGAGCAGUCCAAAAAUGCUGAAAUGGAAGGACAGAGGGACCACCAGGAACCUCCAAGAAGUCAUCCUGGGAAGGUGCUACAGCUAUGUUACAGCACACUAUCCUGAGCUUCGAGAUAAAGAUUGUCUAAAAAUAUGGGAAUCAUUAAAGCAUGCAUUCAUUUACAAGAAUCCCUGCAAUAUUACAGCAGAAGAUUAUCAGCCUUUAAUGGAGCUAGCAAGUCAUCCUAUACCCUGCAACAAGUCACUGUUUUGGAGCAAGACAAAUGAUCUCGUUCAUCGUUAUACAAAGUCCAAUCACAAUUUCCUUACCCUGGAGGAUACCUUGUUGGGCUAUAUGGCUGACAGGAUUUCAUGGUGUGGAGACCCCUCUGCCCCAGGAAUCAACUACGAAUCUUGUCCAAAACGGAGCGAAUGUGAGAGCAACCCUAGCUCUGUAUUCUGGAAAAAGGCAUCCAAGAUGUUUGCAGAAGCAGCAUGUGGUGUGGUUCAAGUGAUGCUCAACGGAUCAGUAGAAACCGGAGCUUUUAGAAGCAGCAGCAUUUUUGGAAGUAUUGAAAUCUCUAACUUAAAUCCAGAUAAGGUCUCUGCAGUACAGAUUUGGCUUAUGCAUGACAUUGGUGGACCUCAAAGUGAGUCCUGCUCAGGUCAUUCCAUAAAGAGGUUAAAAGGCGUCUUGGAAGAGCGAAACUUCAAGAUCACCUGUGAAGAAAAUCAUAGGCCAGUUCAGCUCCUUCAAUGUGUAAAUAAUCCUGACCAUGCAGACUGCAGACUUUGCAGCAGCAAUGUGGAAACUCCAUGAAACAGUGUUCUACACUAUUUAAGACAUUCUUUAAUUGUAUGUGAAACUGAGAGAGAAGAUGUGCCUACAUAGUUUAGAGUGAUAAAUAGCACUAUGGUGUGUACAGAGUCAAUAAGCAGAAAUCCUUGCUGUUGAUGACAGUCAAGUAACAGGUGAUAUUUUAGGUGCAAUUACUGUACACAUGCACACAAACAAACACAUGUAUUAUUUUAGAAAGGCCGGGGAUCAAUAUCUGAGGACAGAUGUUUAGUUCUAGUUUGUUCUCUUUUGCACAGCUCCUGUUGUGCACAGAGAAAGGAAUUAGAACAGGGAUUCCUGGGGCAUGCAUAGAGAAGAGACUUUCCAGUGAAGACAAAGCUUGCCAGGGUCAGCUUUCUGCUUCCUUUUCUCAAAAUGCUGGAAGAAAAAUGACUGGAGCAUGCUGCACUCUUGCAGUUCCCAAGUGGAAUAUCCCCUAGAAGGCAAUAUCAUCCAGUGGUGCAUAUUAUAAAUUCACAUGAGCUACUUUAAUUUAUAUAGGUCAGGAGAGUGAAUGAGGAAGACUUGAAGUUUCUCUUCUUCUACUCCUCCCAUGAGUCAAGCAGAUCCAAACACAGUUCUGACCUUUUCUCCUAGGGACUCCAGCAACUCUGAGAGGCAAAGCAAACAGUGGAAAAGACAGAGCUGUCCUUACCUUUUAAUGAGCAUCACAGAAAGUGGCUAGUUGGGAAAUAGCUGAGCCAAGCCAAGGCAAAGACCAGAAUCUGCUCAGAGCACUGCCAGCAUCUGUAAGAACACAUUGAGUGUGUAGCUGGGGAGAGAAAAUAGUAAGACUGACUCAGACAUUUCAAUUAAAAUUCUACUCAGUACAGUUCUGGGAACACAGCUGCAGUUCGGAUUACAUUUUAUUCUUAAUAUAGCAGUAAGUGUAAGCCUUCCAACAUUCAUAAAUGGCCCCUUAAGCCACAGUUUGGCCAUCCAAGAGAGAAACAUCAGAAGGUUGCCAAAAUAAGGAGUCUCUCUUGACUUGAGUUUUUUAGGCGAAAGGUGAUGACUUGCAGUAUGUAAUUCACAAGCAUGGACAUGUUGUAAUACAGUGAAAUAGUAGGUUUCAUUGAUUUUCUUUGGUUUCUAUUUUGCAGUUCUCAUAUGCUUAUUCAAGAACAGUGUUUAUAAGAAAAUAAAGAUCUGAGGCUAGCUUCUGGCCUCACCUAUAGUACGUAUAUGCAGUGCCACUGACAUCAAGAGAAAAGGCUUUUCUCUGGAUAUAUUCCUAGAUGUUGCAAUGCCAGGAUAACCAGCAAUUUGCCAAUUCAUUAAGUAGACAGAAAUUUUCAUGAUCCAACAGGCAGAAUGCUACAGUGCUAAAUAUUUUAGUGACUACACAGCAUCUGAAGGGUCCUUAUGGUACUAUGUAAGCCAGUAUAAUUUAGAGCAUCUCUAGAUAAAUCUUUACCCUGUAAUACAUGGGCCUGCACUGAGCAUACCCUGACACACCCAAGGCCUUGUCCCUAAUGUUUAAAUUAAGGGAAAUGUAUUUUUAUUUGCACUCUGUUGUGUAACUGCUUAGGUGUAACAACUCAGACACAUACCAAAACUUUUAAGUAGGUUAUUUCUGACAAUAGGUCAAGGAUUUGU